AUGGCCCUCGCAGCCUGGUAUGCGCUGGCAGUUCCAUGACACCUGGUUCCUUGUAGGCAGAUGCGCUUGCGCUCCCGCUAUGGUAACAGGUGGUGGGCAUGGCUGCCCAAUUAUCCUCGUUGCUCUGGCACCUGUUUGGGCGUUGUUGUUGUUGCUGUUGUUGUUGCUGCUGCUGCUGUUGUUGUUGUUGGUUUUGGUGAAAAAUCCUGGUCAAGUGUACGUUGCGGACCGGGUCGUGGUAGCACGCACCGCAAAAGCUUAUUGGGCAUCGGAGACGAGGUAAUUCUGCUCAAGGAACCGCAUCAACGUUUUCUCAAUGAUUUUCUCCAUGAUUUUGCAACAGAUGGCGCUAAGACUAACUGGCCUGUAGUUAUUCACAAACGCACGACUUCCACCCUUAAAAGGCGGAAUGAUGGUGGUGGACUUCCAAUCGGAGGGUAGACACCCAGUAGCAAAUGACGUUUUAAAGAGCAAGGCUAACGGUUUGGACACUUCGGGAUGCUAACUCCUUCAGCAGCUUGGGCUGGAUUGCCUCAGGGCCUGGGGAGGUCGAUUCCUUCAGGUUUAGCAAUUAGGUCAGUCUAGGUCUGUAUAUUUUAAGAGCAAUAGGCAAUGCCUUUGAAAACCCUAUUGUAAACGGUACAUGCAAUAUUUCACUUUAAAUAACAUGGUACUGAAAUGGUGUCAGUAAUAUAUACAUUUAGCAUAAUAUUUUCGUGGGAAUGUAGAACCAGAACUUGAGAAAAUUCAGUUGUAGAUGAUUUCAGUAAAAUGUAAUGACAGUCAUCCCCAUUAGCGGUAUGAGUAUGCAAGGCGUUGGUUUAGCACCACAGAGCUGUUCUGUCCAGACAAGCGAUAGUGUCCAAGCAAAUAUGCAUCGAGUCUUUGCUUGAACGUCUCUGUGGUAUCCGCCAUUAUUACGUCCUCGGGGAGCCCGUUCCAGGCACCGACGACUCGCUGUGAAAAACAGUAUUUGCGAACGUCCAGGCGGCAUCGGGAUCCUCUAAGUUUUAGAGAGUUCCCACGCAGGUUUAUUGUUGUGGCCAGGGCGAAGAAAUCGUCAGGGUUUAGGGCACAUUCCCGGUUCCUCAAUAUCCGAUAGGCCUGUAUGAGAUCUCCUCGAACCUGCCUGUACUCAAGAGGAAAAAGUUUAAGUUCCCUAAGUCGGCAGUUGUAAGGUAAAGUCCUGAGGCCUUUUACAAUUUUUGUUGCUCUCCUCUGAACUCUUUCUAGCAAAUUAUUGUCUAUUUUUAGCCACGGGUGCCACGCUUGGAUUCCAUAUUCCAGAUGCGAGCGAACGAACGCUCCGUAAACUUUUCGAAAUAACUCUUCGUCUAUGUCCACGACAGAUCGUUUAAUAGCAAAGAGAACACUAGUUGCCUUUUUGGACGCCCUAACACACUGAGAUGAAGGCUUAAGGGUCGACAGAAUGUUAAUCCAAAGAUCUUUUUGUUCGGUUACAUUUGAAAGGCACCUUCCACCAAGUUGGUAAUGGUGAUCCUCUCCGUCAGAUCUUCCAGUCGUUUUGAGUCGCAGCGCGACGCACUUCUCUAGGUUAAACUUUAGCAGCCAUUUGUCAGACCAUUCGCAUAGGCGGUUCAGUCCUUCUUGCAGGGCCCGUUCAUCAUGUUCGCCGUUGAUCGCUCGCCAUAACUUGAUGUCAUCAGCAAACAUGACUCCAUUGCAGUCCAGUCCAUUCAUACAGUCGUUGACAUAAAUUAAAAAUAGUACUGGUCCGAGUACAGAGCCCUGGGGAACUGCACUCACGACUGGCACUGGCGAUGACUUCGCACUACCAAUACACACAGACUGUGAUCGAACAGUCAGAAAGUCCUUUACCCAGUUUAAUAGGUUUCCCGUUAUCCCUGACUCUCGGACCUUGUAAAGUAACCGGUGGUGUGGAACACUAUCAAAGGCUUUCUUGAAAUCUAUGUAAACGAUAUCGACCUUUGUUCCUGCGUCUAACGAGUGAGACCAUUGUUCCGUUGAAUAAAGCAUAUUAGUUAGGCAGGAGUGAUUGCGUCGAAAGCCAUGCUGAGAAUUAGCAAAGAAAUUAUUUUCUUCAAGGAACUUAAUUAUGGAUUUUUUGACUAUUCUCUCCAUGACUUUGCAACAAAUGCAUGUUAGACUCACCGGCCGAUAAUUGUUUGUACUUGUUCUGGAUCCACCCUCGUGAAUGGGGUAUAUGUUCGCCACUUUCCUAUCAGAGGGGAGAAUGCCUCGGUCAAAGGACGACCUAAAGAUGUGCCAAAGCGGUUUGGCGAGUUCGCAAGUAAACUCCUUCAGCACUUUUGCCGGAAUUUAGUCUGGGACCGGAGACUUGGCCUCCUUAAGCGCUAGAAGUUCCUUCCUCACAUCUUCUUCCGUGAAGUCGAUGCUUUCUAUUAUUUCGUCGGUUGUCCCAGCAGGAGAUCCAGCCUCGUCAAAGUCCGUUUCAUCGGUGAAAACCGAUACGAAAAACCGGCUUAGAUUUUCUGCCUUAGCGUCAUUUUCGAUGAUAUCCUCAUUGUUUUCUCCUUUAAACACUGCGACCGUCUCCUUGUUCUUUAACCUACUGUUUAUGUAGCUGAAGGGCACUUUUGGCUUAUCGACGGCCCGUUCCAUAACUCGCAUUUCAUACUCCUUCCGCGACCUGCGGAUAGCCCCCCUUACCUCGUUUCGCUUUCGACGAAAUUGCUCGUAAUGGGAUGGUUGUUUUGUUGUUGCAUACCUUCUCCAUAGUUUGUUUUUUCGGUUUACUUCUUUCUUUAUAUCCCGCGUUAUCCAGGCAGGAAGAUUAUUCUUUUUGACUCUCUUUGUCGGACAGUUUCGAUGCACGAUGUCUGUUACAACUCCUUUGAGAGUGUUCCAAUCAACGUCUGGAUGUCCGGAAAGAAAGUAAUCCCAGUCCACUGCCGAUAAUUCCCUUCUCAUGGCGGCAAAAUCUCCUCGCCAGAAAUUCAGUCUAGGCUCAGUCGUAUUCGCUUGUUGGCUGCAUAGGCGGUAUUCCCAAAACAGCAUGACAUGGUCACUCUUACCGAGCGGUGUUAUGGACCUAAGUUCGCCAGGGCUAAUCGGGUCUUUUGUAAGGACGAUCGACUGCUUCCGUGAAGACUGUUUCGAUGGUUGGCGUUUAUUCGUAUUCACCAGGGGGUGGGAAAAAAUCGAUUUCACUCAUCACGACGAACCGGAAGAACUGAGAGAGAUGUUCAGCUUUAUCCUUGUAAUUUGAGAUUUCCGCACCCUUGACCUUUUGCGGCAGUGGAAUGGGAUCUUUUGCUCCGCGUGCUCUGCCUAAAGGGCUUUAGGAUUAACCAUGCGGCACGGCUCAAAAGAUCUUUUUCGAAGACUUGCGGAACUCUGGCGAUGAGAAUUUUGACCCACUUUCCCUGUAAUUUAUCAGUGUUUAGGGAUUCAGGCGUCCGGCCAAUGGAGAUCUUCUUGGUAACUUCCUUUUCUUGAGGACAGAGCCAACCACCGGGGUCUAUUCGAUGGUCUUAUGUGCCUAAUUGAGUAGUGUUUGGAGAUGAGGCUGCGGACUACCUCUUUCAACUGACUCCAAAUUUCUUCGAUGUUGCCGAAGAGUGUGGAUUCCCAGUCGAUAGGACGAAGAUCCUUUUUCAUCUGUUCGAAAUCGUCGUACCGAAUAUUGGGUCAGGAAUCGAGCGGUUGCCCACGCAAGGGGGAAUAAGGCGUAUUCCCACAUGAGAACCACAUGGUCACCCUAACCUAAUGGGGGGACGACAAUUCGCAACGUUGAUGUUAUCAGACGACUUGAUGAACACAAGGUCAAGGCAGCUCAUUUGCUGGCUCUCAAGAUUUCUCGUCGGAAACAUCACGUGUUGGAUGAGAAGCAGAUUGCCAGUGGUACGCAGAUGUUGCUGAUCAAAUGCUGUUUCAGGGCAGUCGUCGGAAGCCGAACUACGGUCGAUAUGAGGAGCAUUAAAGUUCCCAACGAUGAGAAUGUUCAGCCGCGUAAAAAAUAAUUUGAGCUCAUCCAGCAGUUGAGCAUCAGCUUCAGACUCACUUUUUGGGGGAUGAUAUACUGUCAAGCUAUAGAGGUUUUGAGAGCCCGAUGCCCUUAUGGUCAGCCAUAAUGCGUCCGUACUACAAGUCAGCUUAACAGUAUUUCUGGAACGUACAAGCCAUCCUUAACAAAUGUUGCUAUGCCUCCACCCGUUAUGUUUUCUAUCUCUCUGUAGAACAGUUGAAAUCUAGGAAGCUCCCUAUCAUCAAACUGUUCGGCCAGCCAUGUCUCUGUUAUGGAGAUAACGUCUGGGUGGAGGUCACAGAUAUGGAUUCGGAGUUCAUCCAGUUUUGAAAGUACACUUUGCGCGUUAGUAUGCAUGAAUAUGGGUUUCGAGUUCAUGCGAGAUUUGUUUUCAACCCCAACACAGGCUACUGGGGUGUCUGUGCGGCCAUUUGAAUCGGCUUGAUCUAGAAGGGAGCAGAAUGUCGUUUUACUAUCCGGUUUUGUAGAUUACCAAGUUCUGUUCUCUGUCGGUUCGCCGUGUUCUCAAUUCUAGGAUAAGUUCGCAGCGUUUCAUUCUAUCGCAGACGACUAGUCUGACUGAAAAAACAAUCCUUUUUUGAAUGCUUCAGUCGAAAACGCAUGGAUAGGAUUAGUUUCGCCUGCUCAUUUGCAGACUUGGACGAUUUUUAGGCGUCGCAGUCGAGUCUGUGGCGUGGCAUUUGUGUGGCUACCCAGAGGAAGCGCCUUUAGGAUAGUUAUGUCUUCCGAUGGCUGCGGCAUUUCAUUAAGGCGUUUCUGGAAUCGCUCUCAGUCCGCAGAGACGCGUUCCCUGGGAGUACUGGAGGGGAUCCAGACAGGCCCUGAAUGAUGAUGUAGUGGUCCUUGUUAAGCAUUUCUUUGUUUUCUGUAGUUUGGACGUUGUCGGCUGGUACUUUGGCCUCGUCGAGAUGGACUGGCAAGAAGGAUGGGGCUGCGACACUGGUGCAUUUGUCCCUGUGCAGUUCGCCUGCGGUCCUUGCUGAGGCAUCAUGAACGGUUGCGCACUGUGGUCGAUCAACAAUGCCUCCCCUUAUAGGGCUCUGUGAAUAAGUUGUCCCCCUGAAUAAGAGGCUUCCUCAGCUCGGACCUUAACUCUGUUGACGCGGGAAUUCGUAAUGGCAGUUAAUUCUACCCUGGGUCCACGCCCAUGUUUCUUUGCGCUAGCUGGCAUCCUCUUUAAUUUAGGCUCCGGAAAAGGGCAUGCUCUCUCUGGAUUAUUGAGGUCGGGCGUCAUCUGGCCCAUUCUUUCCACUUCCUUUGUUUGUACGUGCGACUGCUUUUCGGGCAAGACUGAUAUACUCCCUUUCGCAUCCUGUCGACUUUUCAUCGUGGUUUCAAGUGUCGUCUUCUUUUUAUUCUUUUUUUCUUCGAAAGCCGCUACUUGACUACUGUUAGCAAAUGUCUUAUACACCGCAUGAUUCCCUCCUGGGGAUUGCUUACACGGAAUGACCCUGGCUCUUCUCCGGGUUGACCUUUGCGUAAAUACAACUGGGCGGUCUUCAGAAGAAAGAGUCUUGCGUAUAAGCGCCUUCAGAUUUUCAACAUCUUCCUCUGGUUAUGGUAGGUUAUCGUUUGACAACCAUUACAGGAAUAUCCUACGUAACUCUGCUGUGACGAAGUAGCAAAGCUUUUAGAACGGUUCUUCGAGCCUGUCUGCGGCGCAGGGGUUAGCGAAAUAGGCUCUCUUUCUUGAGGUCCCCGGAUCAAACCCGAAGUGCGCGUUACGUUGGAAUACGAGAGCAAACUCAAACAUUAUGGGCUUCUUUUCUAUAUCCCCAAGAAUAAACCUCCCUGCAAAGAAUUGUGCCUUGAGUAUAGCAUUCUUUCGGUAGAAAGUAACUACACAAGCUGCAGAUAAUAGUCUUUUCAAGAAGCAUCCAAAAGCAGAAAUUUAAACAAAUACUUUGAGUACGAUUAUGCAAACAAUGACUACUUUUAGAAGAGCAAUUCAGCAUUUAUAGAAGCUUUAGAUGUAUUGUCCGUCAAAUAAUCCGUCCUUCUGGGUUUGCAAAUAGUAGAAACGAGGAUGCAAAAUCGGAGCUCUGCCAAUGUAGUGCAGGAGACUCGUUGGGAAGAAGAUAUUGAUGAGUCAAAUUUAAUUCUUAAUUUCCGUUGGCUCUAAGAGCUUUUAGUGAGUCGAAAUCUUGAAAUGAAUUUCUCCGGAGUCGAAAAUUUGAAACCGCAUCGAAAGAAAGAUUUAAUAACAAAAUAAUAAAAAUCGAUAGUCGAUGCAUUUCGUCCCCAGCAGUCGAGAAGGGCAGACGUUCUGAUAUAUAAAUACAACAGGGAACAUACAGAAAGAGAAAGCGCUCAGGGAAAAACAUAGAUUAUUAAAUUCGUAGUCUAUAGCUCUCUACGCGUACCGUACAGGUGGCGGACAUCAGUGGCCAGUACUAAAAUAUAAUUUUAAGGGUUCAUUCGUGUACAGGAUUACACGAAUCUAACUACAACAAAUGGCCAGUCAACUCGGCAGAUGUUCAGGAAUUAGAGCUAGUUUAAGACAAAAUGCAACCAGCCGAUAAAACAAGGCUAAAAGUUGGAAAUUAAAUAUGUGCUCUGAAGUUCUCCAAAUCUUUAGCACAGAUGAUAUUGACGAUGAUCUUGCUGGACUGCUUUAUAAUUCUACCUCUGAUGCUUACCUGAGCUUCAAAGUUGUAAUACAAACAAGCUAGAGAUAAACACACGGAGCAGCAUUUUUAAACACGUUUCACAUGCAAAAGUCAUAAAUGGCAGAAGUUAAAAAAACUGGAGAGGUCGUUGAUUCUUAAUUUUCCCCCUAAAACAACGGCACCUCUGUAAAAUCGAUUGGCAGGUACCAAAUCUCCCCGAAGAAAUUGUGUAGUGGAAGGUUAGUUGAUGCUCCAUCUGAAUCAACUAAAUAACACUAUGGCGUAAUCAUCACUGACCAAGGAAGUCAGUAUGAUGUUCAAAAUCUUUAAAGCAACUCAGUUUGUCACCGCUUGUUUGCCACAAACAAAAAGAGGACAACCAAAUGCUAUUUGCCUUCAUUAUGUUUAAAUGAGUUGUUAUUGGAAAUACAAGGCGUGGUCAAGAAUGAAGUGGAAAUGGCUUCCGAACUACAACACUUUCAGAAUUGUAAAGAGUUUUGGUGCAAUUUUACUACUCCUCCAUAUGAUGACAGGCGUGAAAAUAGAUCAUAAACCACUUUGCGCCAAUUAACCCGGAAGUAUUGGUCCGCCAACAUGCAAUGAAGGCUAGAUGCACACAAAGUAAUAAGUUAUUGAUCACACUGCCAAAAAGCUUAUUGCUGAAUUAUAACUGAAUUAGUUGCAGGACGUCAAGCCGGUUUUAUGAAACAGACGUCUGGGCUGAUUUUCUCCCACUGCACCCCAUGAAGAGAGGCGUUCGAGUUACGCUCGGCCAUCAUUCUCAGCUCGGCACUUACUACUUUUUAUAAAUGCCAAUUGUCUUCUCAUCGUUAUGAAGUUGUUGUCGCAGAAGACUUUUACAAAUGUAAUUACUUACCGCCAACCGUUUGAAUGCAUAUGAGCGUUUUCGACCAGCGAGUGAAUUCAUUUCGUGAAUUAUGGCAUUAUGCUCUGUUUGGUCUAUUAUUCUCUCGGGAUGGGAAAAUUUGACAUGAACUGUCGUUCACAACUAGAGCCUGGAUCAUGUUUCUGUCAUAGGUGGCUAUUGUGCCACUGGCAUUCGUUCUUACGGAUUACUCCUCGAUUGACUGAAUUAUAAUCGCGUGAUGUGAGACGACCAGCAUGCCUGUUUUAACAUGACCAAAAACUCACUGCGAGAAACGCCUAGAAUUUACCGCACACGGUACACUUUGAGGAUAUAAGAAGAUCAGUCAGAAAGCGAAUGGCUAAUCCCUAAUCGGUAGUGAGGGCGAAUUACACCAACUCCUCGGCCGUGUAUUAAGCGAGGGACCUCGACCACAACUUUACGAGGUUAAAAUUAGCGCACAAGGUGACCAACACGGGGAUGGGGAGCUUCUUGACCCCUAGUCCUCUGCCCACAGUCCCCCGACAAUCGCGGCGGUACCCUUUCCCUUAUUCAAUACUGGUUUUUGAUUCGAGCAGUGCAAUUGUUUACGUGCCGAACGCUCAAGCGAGCGUUCCCUUGACUGGCUGCUCCCACUGCUAAGUCCCUGUGAUAAUCACCGAAUCCGAACGUUUCAUGACUACUUGUCCUAAGUGCUUUCACUGCCCUUCAUUUAAUGCUUAAUGUUCCACCAGACAAAAUUGGCCACCAUUUCCGGUCAGUGAGCAAAGUUCCUGGAGUAAUUUGAAAAUUUCGCUGAGGGACCAAAAUGACAGAAUUUUUAAUGAUGUCAUUAUGUCAUAUGCAAGCCCGCGUUAUGUUGAAAUUCUGAGAGUUGUUCGACUGCGGGUUUGACGUUUUUGGCCAUGUCUGCAGUAGUAAGUCGGAGAUGAAUGGACAGCCAGCGAACGCGGACCACUGCGUCAGCAAGCCGCUAGGAAACCUUAUAUGACUGGUGGGCGCAAAAAAAUAAAUAGGUUCGCUUUCCGCCCACUUGUCUGUAAGAGUUCGACCAGUUUGGAAAUGAGCCUGCUUAAAUAGAAUGACCCCCGCUAUGUUUUCCGAGCGCUACUGGAGGCGAAAAUAGCAUAUAGGUCUUGCUUGGAGCAAAAGUGUGCGCUCUGCUUAAACCCGCGUCGUUGACGACUACAGCAGCAGCAGCAGCAGCAGCAGCAGCAGCAGCAGCAGCAGCAGCAGCAGCAGCAGCAGCAGCAGCAGCAGCAGCAGCAGCAGCAGCAGCAGCAGCAGCAGCAGCAGCAGCAGCAGCAGCAGCAGCAGCAGCAGCAGCAGCAGCAGCAGCAGCAGCAGCAAUAA